AUGGCGGGCCAAUGUACUGGGGUCGGCUCGAUCCUCCCAAAUCACAACGUUGCAACUCAGGCUCUUCGUUGGGUUACCCCUCGAUACGAUAUUCUCCACGGAACGAAUAUCAAGCACAUCGAAGUUUCAUGCCUAUUCGACUUGUGCAACUCGGCUACGGCAGCCUUCACCCAAGAGCCCAUCCAACUCGAGUCCAUUUCCACCGACCAUGUAACCCCGAUCCUGUAUCUCCUCAAAUCGCCGAACCAUCGUCGAUCCCCUCAAUGGAUCUUUGCUCGGCUAACAAAGCUCACGAUGACCAUCUUAAAUGACGACGCUGUGACCAAGAUGAUGUCGAUCAUCUCGUGCGCCCCAGUGCUUGACACGCUCGCGGUCGAAUCUUUUUGUGGUAUCUCCACUAGCAGGCCCCUCACAUGGACACAAAUGGCCACGUUCCGUCAUCUCAGGAUCUUUGACAAAGGCUUAACUCCCCAGAGCUUCGAACCCAAGGGGGGCCAGUGCGCCGCCACCCGGGUGCUAGACGUCGCAGAAGACCCACCGCAGACAUUGAAAACCCUAUCUCUCGAAUUUGCUCUCAAAUUCAUGAUUCAUCCACGAUACGGAUGCCCAACAAAGCUUCAACAUCACGACUAUGCGCCGAUCGAUGAAGUCCUCGCGCGCACAGCGAAUACUCGUUAUCGAAACGUCGAGCAGCUCUACAUAUGCGGCAUUGGACAGCUGGGACCUAUACCUGGCGGCUUUGACUUGGUGACCUUCAAGGGAGUUGGUGGCGCGGUUUCCUUUCUCCACCCGCACUGCCAGUUGAUGUCAUAG